CUCUGUUAUUGUGGCCUUCACAGCGAGGCCCAUUGAGCUUUGCUGAUUUCAGCCCAGUGGCGAGUUCCUUUUUUUAUUUUUUUGGGGUUGCUUUGAUGAGAGGCUGCUCCUCCAAAAUCCAAAAAAUGAAAAUGAAAAUAUCAAAGUGACGUCAGCGCAAUCGCGCUCUCGGAUUUGGUCGCGACGCCACCACCACCACAAACGCUCGCCGGCCGGGCUCUGAUACUGCCGGCCUCCACGUCGCCCUCCGCCUCCCUCCCCGCAUUCCGUCGAGCACCUCCGCCUCCCUAGCCGGCAGCCGCCAUGGCUGCCCUCCUCCUCUCCUCCCACCUCACCGCCGCCUCCUCAUCCUCCACCACGUCCCCCACUGCUCGACCGGCGCCAAGCUUCGUCUCCUUCCGCGCCGCCAACGCCGCCCCUAAGGGUGCCCGUCGGGGUUGGCCUUUCCUUGCUUCGUCGGUAGAGCCACCGCCUGCUGCGUCGGCGGCGCAGCCGUUCCGGUCACUGGCGCCGUCGGAGACCACCGUGCUGGUCACGGGCGCCACGGGCUACAUCGGGCGUUAUGUCGUCCGCGAGCUCCUCCGCCGCGGCCACCCCGUGGUCGCCGUGGCGCGCCCCCGGAGCGGGCUGCGCGGCCGCAACGGCCCCGACGAGGUCGUCGCGGACCUCGCCCCCGCCCGCGUCGUCUUCUCCGACGUCACCGACGCGGGCGCGCUCCGCGCCGACCUGUCGCCGCACGGCCCCAUCCACGCCGCGGUGUGCUGCCUCGCCAGCCGCGGCGGCGGCGUGCGGGACUCGUGGCGCGUGGACUACCGCGCCACGCUGCACACCCUCCAGGCGGCGCGCGGCCUCGGCGCCGCGCACUUCGUCCUCCUCUCCGCCGUCUGCGUCCAGAAGCCGCUCCUCGAGUUCCAGCGCGCCAAGCUCAGGUUCGAGGGCGAGCUCGCCGCCGAGGCGUCGCGCGACCCGUCCUUCACCUACAGCAUCGUCCGCCCCACCGCCUUCUUCAAGAGCCUGGGCGGCCAGGUCGAGACCGUCAAGAACGGCCAGCCCUACGUCAUGUUCGGCGACGGGAAGCUCUGCGCCUGCAAGCCCAUCAGCGAGGAGGACCUCGCCGCGUUCAUCGCCGACUGCAUCUCCGACGAGGGCAAGGCCAACAAGAUCCUCCCCAUCGGCGGGCCGGGGAAGGCGCUGACGCCGCUGGAGCAAGGGGAGAUGCUGUUCCGGCUGCUGGGGCGCGAGCCCAGGUUCAUCAAGGUGCCGAUCCAGGUCAUGGACGCCGCCAUCUGGGUGCUCGACGCGCUGGCCAAGGUGUUCCCCGGGGUGGAGGACGCGGCGGAGUUCGGCAAGAUCGGGAGGUACUACGCGUCGGAGAGCAUGCUGGUGCUCGACCCGGACACCGGCGAGUACAGCGACGAGAUGACGCCCAGCUACGGCAGCGACACGCUCGAGCAGUUCUUCGAGAGGGUGAUCAGGGAAGGCAUGGCAGGGCAGGAGCUCGGCGAGCAGACCAUCUUCUAGGCCUCGCUCGCCUUCUUGGCUGCCAUUGCCAGUUUCUUGGUGCUUGUAAGUUGUAAAUUACUACUUCAUCCAGAGUGUUUGUAGAGAUGUGAGUUGUUCUUAAUGUUUCAGACGCCAUUAGCCAUUCAAUUGUACCAUACAAUGCAUUGCCUAAUUCCAAAGGAGGAUAGUUUUGCUGUGUCAGAUCUGGUAUGAUAUAAAUAAAUCAAAGCUAAUCUUUUGACAGAUUA